CUUGGAGUUUAAACCUUAGAGGUUUCAGUUUUCCAGAGCUCGAGCUCUGUGAAAUUGUGAUUGAAAAACAGUGAGGAGACAGCCAACGAAUAAUGAUGGGCCGUCGAACAUCYGAUGCUGUAAAGAUUUCUAUCCUCUUCUCCUUUCGGGCAACCAAAGUGUUUUCAGGUGAACCCUUAGCGUAUCCAUCUCCGGCUUUCUUCUCUACCAGCAUAGUUGGCGAAACUCCCAUUCUCGUUCGAGAUUUUAUUCGUUCUGCAUUAUAUGAUCCUAAUCAUGGGUAUUUCUCUCAAAGAUCUGGGGUAGUCGGGAUGCUCGAGAAAAGCAUCAAAUUCAAUCAGCUAGAAGGGAGGAAGGCUUACAUGCGGCACUUGGAUAAAAUUUACAAGCAACAUGACAUAGCAUGGUUUACUCCAGUGGAGCUUUUUAAGCCCUGGUAUGCCCACGGGAUUGCAGAAGCGAUAAUGCGUACUGCUAACCUCUCAAUUCCUUUACAGAUAUAUGAAAUUGGAGGUGGAUCGGGAACCUGUGCGAAGGGCAUUAUGGAUUACAUAAUGUUGAACGCACCUGCGAGAGUUUACAAUAAUAUGACUUACACCUCAGUAGAAAUUAGUUCUUCACUGGCGAAGAAACAGAUAGAAACUGUUGGAGAAGUCCGUAGUCACUUGUCGAGGUUUACAGUAGAAUGCCGUGAUGCUGCUGACAGAAGUGGAUGGGGGGAUGUGAAUCCACAACCAUGUUGGGUUAUUAUGCUUGAGGUGCUUGAUAAUCUUCCACAUGAUCUUAUCUAUUCCAAAAAUCAAGUUUCUCCCUGGACAGAAGUCUGGCUUGAAAAGAGACAUGAUAGGUAUGCAAUGCAUAAUUAUAUUUUGACACCUUGCAUAUUUGUAUUUUUCAGUCAUUAA